AUGAUGGCCCGAUCUCUGAUCUCGCUCUUCGCCUUCCUCCUGGCCUUGGCGGCACCAGUUCAGGCGGACGUCCAACAGCAGGCAGAGCAGUUCCACUUGGAGGAGUUCCUCGCGGUGACGGCAGAUGCCACUCAGAAGGAGCAGGCUGGCGAGGCAGUGAAGAUCGCGGCCCCGGAGGUGAGCGUCGCCGAUGCUCAGGAGAUCGAGCUGCAUGAGAACCCCUACGUCGCCACGAGCACCACAGCUGAGGGUCUCGCCUUGAUCUUCAUGAUGGUGUCCUGCGUCAUCUGCUAUUUGGAGUGCUGCAAGUGA